CGGCGCAUUCACUUUAUCGUUAACAAUAUUUCAGCGUUCGUUUUUUGUUCAAAUCCUUUUGGUGUGCUCUUGACGCGAAGCUGUUUAACAGAUUUUUAUUUUACAAAUUGAUAUAUUCUUUCAUUGUAAAGCUUUUUGUUGACGAUGACGUAAAAACAGUGCCGGUGACAAGAGUGAUGUGAAUUGUGUUGUGUUGUGAUUGAGAUGUGCCUUGUGUAGUUCUGGUUAGAAUGGGGUAUGCGUCGGCUGUCACGGGGCGGGCGGCGCACGAGGCGCUGCUGGCCCGACAGGACGCCGAGCUCCGGCUCAUGGAGACGAUGAAGAGGAGUCUCCAGGCCAAGAUGAAGAGCGACCGGGAAUACGCCCUCGCACUCUCCGCGGCCGCUGCUCAGGGCCAGAAGAUGGACAAAUGCGAGGAACUUAACGGCUCAGUGAUAGCCUCCGCCUGGCGCACCAUGACUGAAGAGUGGGAGAACACGAGCAGGCAGAUCAAAGCCAACGCCGAGGCGCUGGAGGCGCGCGCGCUGGACCGGCUCACCUCGCUCAUGGUGGAGCGGCGGAAGGCCCGCAAGGUCUACCAGGAGGACCACGCUAAGAUAUCCUCGCAGUUCACACAGCUGUCAGAGGAGGUGACGCGGAAGCAGAGCGAGUACCAGAAGUGCCUGGAGUCGUACAAGCAGAUGCGCGCCAAGUUCGAGGAGAACUACCUUAAAUGUCCAACGAGUCGCGGUGGUCGCAAGCUGGACGAGACGCGGGACAAGUACGGCAAGGCGUGUCGGAGGCUGCACCGGGCGCACAACGAGUACGUGCUGCUCCUGGCCGAGGCCACGGAGUGCGAGCGCGCGCUGCGCACGGCCGCGCUGCCCGCGCUGCUCGACCUGCAGCGGCGGCAGGGCGAGGCCACCGCCACCUCCUGGAAGAGCAUCCUUCUGGAGGUGGUGCAGCGGUCGGACUUCAACACGGACAAGUUCCGGGAGAUCCAGAGCAAGGUGGACUCCACCGUGCAGAACCUCAAGCCCCACGAGGAGUACAAGGAGUUCAUAGACAAAUACAAAUCACCCCCUUCAACGCCAGUAUCGUUCACGUUCGAUGAGAGCCUAGUGGAAGACACGAGCGGCAAGCUGCAGCCCAACCAACUGACAGUGGACAACCUCACCGUAGAGUGGCUGAAGGAGAAGCUGACGGAACUUGAGGGCACCCUGCAAGACAACCGCGAGAAGCAGGCGCAGCUGGUGCCGGAGGCCAAUGGCGUCUGCAAGAACAACAACACCAGCCUCACCAACGGCGUCAAUGGGAUCGACAGGCACUCUCCCCCGCCGGUCCCGGCGACGGCGCCCGAGCCGGUCAAGCUGCUGGAGCUGCGCAUGGCCGAGCGCAAGUGCGCCAAGCAGGCAGAGAUGAUCAGGUCUGCGCUGGCGGAGCUAGGGUGCGAGGAGGCGCCGAGCGGCUGCCCCGACCUGUCGGCCGAGACCGUGGGCGUGGACAGCCUGGACGGCAGCUCGCCCGACCACCAGGAGCGUUCCUCGAUCGGGUCGAGAACGUCCACCGAGGCGCUGCGCCUGCGCCUGCACUCCAUAAUCCCGCCGCGCCCCUUCUUCCGGAUGUUCGCGCGCCCCUUCCGCCGCAAGUCCGCGCCAUCCAGCCCGGCCCUCCCCGCCAAAACCUUCCGCAGCAGCAGCGAGGGGCCCGCCGACUCGGUGGUCACGCUGGAGGCGGAGCGGUCGCUGGUGGAGCAGGAGUGGUUCCACGGCGUGCUGCCGCGCGAGGAGGUGGUGCGGCUGCUGCGCGCCGACGGCGACUACCUCGUGCGCGAGACCACGCGCAACCACGCCAGGCAACUAGUGCUGUCCGUCUGCUGGGGGCAGCACAAGCACUUCAUCGUGCAGACCACGCCGGAGGGGCACUACAGGUUCGAGGGCGCGGCGUUUCCGUCGGUGGCGGAGCUGAUCGCGUGGCAGCGCACCAGCGGCGUGCCCGUGACGGCGCGCUCGGGCGCGCUGCUGCGCCGCGCCGUGCCGCGCGAGACGUGGGAGCUCAACAACGACGACGUGCAGCUGCUCGACAAGAUCGGACGGGGCAACUUCGGCGAUGUGUACAAGGCGCGGCUAAAGACGACAGGGCAGGAGGUAGCGGUGAAGACAUGUCGCGUAGCCCUACCGGAGGAGCAGAAGCGGACCUUCCUGCAAGAGGGAAGGAUCCUCAAGCAGUACCAGCACCCCAACAUCGUGCGGCUCAUCGGCAUCGCCGUGCAGAAGCAGCCCAUCAUGAUAGUCAUGGAGCUGGUCUCAGGCGGUUCCCUGCUAACGUUCCUCCGGCAGCGCGCCUCGUCGCUCGGGGCGCGCGCGCUGCUCGCCAUGUGCCGCGACGCCGCCGCCGGCAUGCGCUACCUCGAGUCCAAGAACUGCAUCCACCGCGAUCUGGCCGCGAGGAACUGUUUGGUUGGAGAUGACCACGCGGUCAAGAUCUCGGACUUCGGAAUGUCAAGAGAGGAAGAGGAGUAUAUCGUGUCGGGCGGCAUGAAGCAGAUACCCAUCAAGUGGACGGCGCCGGAGGCCUUGAAUUACGGCAAGUACACGUCCCUGUGCGACGUGUGGAGUUACGGCGUGCUGAUGUGGGAGAUCUUCUCCAAGGGCGAGACGCCCUACGCCGGCAUGACCAACUCGAGGGCUCGAGAGAAGAUCGACUCGGGGUACCGCAUGCCGGCGCCCGAGGGCUGCGGCGAGGACGUGUACGCGCUGAUGCUGCGCUGCUGGGAGUACGAGCCCGACAAGCGGCCGCACUUCCACCAACUCUACACCGCCAUCGACAACAUCUACAACAGGUAGCCCUGCCCUGUGCGUCCAGG